UGACCGUGCUGUAGUCACAUGAUAGUGCUAAACAGGAAUCGCUUGGAAAAUGUCUGCGUUCUUACAGUGGAGACGAUUUGCGUUUUUCUAUAAAGAAACCGUAAAGGAUCCGAGCGACAAUGGGAAAAAUUUCCAAUUACCGAUGGGCAUAUCGGCAUGCGAUUCAGGCCGAGGACACAUUGUGCUCGGAGAUAUGGAUGGACAGAUUUGGUUUUUAAGCCGCUCUCUUCAGCUCUCCAGCUUUCAAGGUUAUAAACUGAGUGUGACACACCUCUAUCAACUGAAACAACACAAUAUCCUCGUGUCAGUUGGUGAGGAUGAGCAUGGCAUUAAUCCUCUGGUGAAAGUUUGGAACCUUGAUAAGAAGGACAGCGGCAGUCCUCUGUGUACCCGAAUCUUCCCUGCCAUUCCUGGAAACAAACCCACAGAAGUGUCUUGUCUUAGUGUACAUGAAAACCUUAAUUUCAUGGCCAUAGGUUUUACAGAUGGCAGCAUUGUGCUGACAAAGGGUGACAUCACCAGAGACAGACACAGUAAAACUCUUAGCUUCCAUCAGGACAACUCUCCAAUCACAGGCCUGGCUUUUCGGCAAGCUGGCAAAAUCACGCACCUGUUUGUUGCAACCUUAGAUAAAGUGCAGUGUUACACAUUGUCGCUAAAAGAGGUCCCACGUUUAGAAUUGGACACGCAUGGCUGCGCUCUCCGCUGCACUGCGCUCACAGACCCAUCGCAGGACUCUCAGUUCAUAGUGGCCGGAGAUGACUGCGUGUAUUUGUACCAGCCGGAUGAAAGAGGACCUUGCUUUGCUUUCGAAGGCCAUAAGGUUCAGGCUCAGUGGCACAGAGGAUACCUACUGCUGCUCACCAAAAACGACAAGUCACCUAACCAAUCUGAAUAUGGCAGCGGAGAGACAUCACCCGCAGCAAAGCACAUCCUUACCAUAUACGACCUGGACAACAAGUUCAUUGCAUAUAGUGCUGCAUUUGAUGAUGUCAUUGACAUCCUGUCUGAGUGGGGCUCAUUCUAUGUGCUUACGAGAGACCGAACUAUGUAUACACUGCAAGAAAAAGACACACAGACAAAGUUAGAGAUGCUGUUUAAGAAAAACCUGUUUGUGAUGGCUAUUAACCUGGCUAAAAGUCAACACCUGGACAAUGAUGGUCUGUCUGAGAUAUUCAGGCAUUACGGAGACCACCUCUAUGCCAAAGGGGAUCAUGAUGGAGCUAUUCAACAGUAUAUUCGAACCAUUGGGAAGCUUGAACCCUCUUAUGUUAUCCGUAAUUUUUUGGAUGCCCAGAGGAUACAUAACUUGACAGCAUACCUACAAGCCCUCCACAGGCAGUCCCUGGCCAACGCUGACCACACUACUCUACUGCUUAAUUGCUACACUAAACUGAAAGACAGCUCCAAACUGGAGGAGUUCAUAAAGAGCAGUGAGAGUGAGGUGCAUUUCGAUGUCGAAAUUGCCAUCAAGGUGUUGCGUCAGGCUGGUUAUCACAGUCAUGCUGUGUUCCUGGCAGAGAAACACACGCAUCAUGAAUGGUACCUAAAGAUUCAGCUGGAGGAUUUGAAGAAUUAUCAGGAGGCAUUACGCUACAUAGGCAGGUUGCCGUUUAUUCAGGCGGAGAGCAACAUGAAGCGCUAUGGUAAAACUCUAAUGCACAAUGUACCUGAUAGCACCACCAUACUGCUAAAACGCCUCUGCACGGACUAUCAACCCAACAAAGACUCUGCCGAUAAGGACAGUCUCAACAGUGCCGCAGGAAACAAGGCCAAUCCAGAGGAAUUCAUUCCUGUCUUUGCCAAUAACCCACGGGAGUUGCGAGCGUUCCUGGAACACAUGAUAAAGGUGGAUCCGUUCUCUCCCGAGGGAGUUUAUGACACGCUACUUGAGCUCAGACUGCAGGACUGGGCACACGAGCAGAACCCCGAGAAGAAAAAAGUCCUGCAGGAGGCAGCAUUGUCUCUGCUGAGGAGUGACAACACUGUGUUUGACAAGGCCCUGGUCCUCUGCCAAAUGCACAACUUCAAAGAAGGAGUGCUGUAUCUUUAUGAAAAGGGCAUGCUAUACCAGCAAAUCAUGCAUUACCACAUGCAGAACGAGGAAUAUGGAAAAGUUGUGGAGGCUUGUAAGCAUCAUGGGGACAAGGAGGCGUGUUUGUGGGAACAGGCGCUGGGCUAUUUUGCACGCAAAGAAGAAAACUGCAAAGCCUACAUUAGUGAAGUUUUGCAGCAUAUUGACCAAAAUAACCUGAUGCCUCCACUGCUGGUGGUGCAGACUUUGGCCCACAACUCCACAGCCUCUCUCUCAGUUAUAAAAGACUACCUGAUAAAUAAACUUGAGAGAGAGACCCAGCAGAUUGAAGAAGAUGAAAGAAAGAUCCGACAGUAUAGAGAGGAGACGGCGCAUCUGCGUGCUGAGAUCCAGGAGCUCAAAACCUGUGCAAAGAUUUUCCAGAAGACGAAGUGCAGCAUGUGCAACAGUCCACUAGAGCUGCCUUCUGUGCACUUCCUGUGCGGCCACUCGUUCCACCAGCACUGCUUGGAGAGCUUCGCUGAGAGCGAGGCCGAAUGCCCCACCUGCACCCCUGAAAACAGAAAGGUCAUGGACAUGCUGCGAGCACAAGAUCAGAAACGAGAUCUUCAUGACCAUUUCAGUAGACAGUUAAAAUCUUCCAAUGAUGGCUUCUCGGUGAUCGCUGACUAUUUUGGCCGUGGAGUGUUUAACAAACUCACCCUGAUAACGGAUGCACCAGGAGGCCGGAGUGGAGCUGUGAAUCUAGAAGCUGAAUUUCAAAGAGAUCUGCACACGAACACCAAGAGGAAUGUUUGAAAGAUGGACUGAAUUUUCGCAGAAAAAUACUGAUCUAGGGUCAGAUAUCUAAUAACUAGCUGUAAUAGUCUUGGAAAAUAUGUGCGAAAAGUAAAGCUGGUCCAGAAAUAGCUUAAGGGACAAAACCACAGUAACUAUUUGUCCUUUUGCAAAACCACUCCAUUUAUAAUUAUUACAUCAACAUUAAAGGCAAUGUUGGGGGUGGAUACAAGAACUUGCACUUCAAGACUGUGUUUUUUUAUUACUGUAUGUCUGUAAAUUAACUGUUACAGUUCUUUCAGCGCUUAAUUUAUGUAUAUUUUAUUAAAUAUAUUGGAAAUGCUUAUUACUUCAGAAUAAUCUGCAUAGAAACAUUUUGCAUCCAAGUCAAUUAAUAAUCAAUGUCAAAUGUCUGUUAAAGUGUAAAUAAUAAAUAACUAUUAAUGUUGA